CAGUGGAAAUAUUCCAUUCCCGAUACUUUUAGUGCAGCCCUCGUAUAAAUCUACAGUGGAUUUUAAGGAUGUUCCGUUAUAUCUACUGAACCGUUCAUCCGAUUGACUUGAAACUUGGUAUCCAUGUAGAAAAUACAUGUGCUUAAUGGAUAGGCUAAUAUUUAUAUGAGUGUUGGACUUCCUACGCCAAUUUCGGGGGCGUUAAUGAUGAGAAUCUUUGUGGGGGUGAGAAAUAUUAAUGUUCAUUUUAAAUGACCAGCGAAGCGGAUGGGUAUAGCUAGUAGCUUAUAAUAGCCCACUUAUUUACUAUGCUCAGGACGUACUGCAGCAGUUUGUCUAGGAUUGCAUAAAAGUCUGUCGAACAAAAAAAGGUCGCGUGUACACAAGCUAUUUGUUUUAAUGUUAUUAAUCAUGGAAAUCAAACAACGCGUGAAUCUCACAGUCACAGCUCAGAGCUCGAGCAGUUGACGUUUGAGCUCGUAUUUGCGAUGUUGGUUAGUCUGUGUCUGUUGGCAGCACUCAUCGAAGUCAAAGCGGCUGAUUUUAAUGGGGAAGAUUACUGGCUUCUUCCUCGUCUCUUCGAUUUGGACAACUACGAUGAGUGUCUUUCGCAUCCCGACGGCUUGUACUGCCUCGGCAGCUUCCAUCUCACACCUGCUGAACAACCGAACCGUGUUUACGAAUUGAUGACUAACUAUUCAAAGGAAUUGUAUAGGUUCAAUCGCACUGUUAUCCGACGUGGAUGGUGUGUUAGUGCACGUGAAUCGAAUGUAACAGCGGAGCCGAUGAAUAGGUUUGAGCACUGCGCCGCGGAGUGGGCCCGCUCUCGUCGCAUGCGCGCCCGUCUACUCAGACUGGAGUACUGCAGGAGCCAUAGCGACGUACACGCCACACGGAUCCCUGACAAGUCCGAACUAACCUUUCUCAUUGCGAUAGCUGUGAUAAUAUUAUUGAACGCAGCCAGUACCGCGUAUGAUUACGCCACUCAGAAUAAUGAGAAAAAGAUUGCUCUCCUAACAACCUGGUCUGUUGUCGCCAACUGGAGGCAACUAGUUGAACCUUAUAACUCACAUCGGAAAUCUCUACAAGCAAUCCAAGGAAUAAAAGUUAUAGUUUCUGCGAGUAUCUGUAUUGUGCAUAGUGGAAUGUUGUUAUAUACAUUGUUCUUGUAUGAACCGAUAGAAAUGGAGCAGGUAAUAGCGAAUCCAUUAACAAUGGCGGUCCAGAACAGUACGACGGUCGUGCACAUGUUCAUUGUACUGUCAAGUUUCCUUACUGUUCACAAUCUGUUAAAGUCAAGCAAACCGUUUGGUUUCGGUACAUUCUUAAGGUUGCUCGCGAAAAGAAUAAUUAGAUUAAGCCCUGUGUGUCUAUUGGUGAUCGGUUUCGCCGGGACCUGGUGGCCGCGGGUCAGUGACGGACCUCUGUGGCCGGCUGCGGUCGCGGAGCAGAGUAAGAUCUGCCGCGAGAAGUUCUGGGCGCACGCGUUCUUUAUCCAUAACCUGGUGGAACCGGACAAGUUCUGUUUGAUACCGACCUGGUAUAUAGCGGUCGACAUGCAGAUGUACAUACUGGCAGUUAUCUUAACAAUGAUCCUGGCCAAGUUCAGUAAGAAGGCUGUGCCGAUUCUCGUGAUUCUAUUCAUAGGAGCCACAGCGUUGAAUGCGGGGUUGGCGUACAUAUACGAAUGGAAGUCAUUGUUGUAUUUGGCAAUAGUCGCAGAAAAUAUCAACUCUAUAUUCCGUGAUAUUCCAUCAUUGAGCCACUUUUACAUGUCGCCUUGGGGCAGUCUUCCAGCGUGUCUCGUGGGACUCAUCAUAGGACAUUUGGUCCAUUUUACUAAGGGAGAAACAUUUGGAAACAUAUACAAGCGACGGCUCCUCAGCUUAUAUUACGUUCUGUGUAUACCUAUCAUGGUGGGCUGGUUGAUGCUGGGUAACUACUUCCAGCAUAUCCGACAUCCGAUCUUCGUAGCAGCGUACGCGGCUCUGGAGAGAUCUAUCUUUCAGAUUAUGUGCAUCCUUGCGUAUAUAGCAUUAGUCUUCAAAAAUGAUAUUAUUAUAUGCUUUAAAGCACUCGCCUGGCGAGGGUGGCAUCUGUUGGCGCAGCUCUCUCUGCCCGUGAUGCAGAUACACUGGUGCAUAGCGUUGGUCAUCAUUGGUCCAUCGCCUCAGCCGGUUGCGGUUUCGGUCAUUAACUUGCUACCGGUUAGCGUUACCACAGUCUGUUUCACGUAUCCACUGGCAUUGUUAUUGACUGUACUGGUUGAGCUGCCGAUGAAGAGGACUUUUGACUUUAUUCUUCGUUGAUUUUAUAUACAAACCACCCGUACUCGCCAGCUUUGCUGGGCAUUUAAAAUUAACAUUAUUAUUUAUUGUCAUUAAUAUUAGGGAGUCCAACACUCAUAUAAAUAUUAGCCUAUUCAUUAAGUAGAUACUAAGUUUUAAGUCAAUCGGAUGCAUGGUUCAGUAGUUAUAACGGAACAUCCGUAAAAACCACUGUAGUUUUAUAUAUUAGUAUAGAUACUGUCCUGGUUUAUUGUUCAUGACGUGAAAAUGUAUGUGAGAGUUUGAUUUUGAUUAAAUAGUGUUUAAGAUGUG